AUGGCCCCACGAGGGCGAGGCCGCGUAACACGCUCCUCUACGCGCGCCUCAAACUCUGUCUCCCUCACGCAUGAGUCUCUGCCUCUCCCAGAAUCAGGUCUCUCCAGCCCGUUGCAUCCGAGCGGCCAGUAUAUCUAUCUCGCGCAUGAGCGCAAGCCGACCGACGCCGAGUGCCGCGCCGCUUACCGUACCGGAAUCGAGGCUCUCUCCGACGCAAGCCACGCACUGCUCCAGUCUCUUGUUCCAGUCCGCUCUUGGAAGCGGUUGUGGGACCCCAACUCCUCGCAUCUUCCGCGGCACGGCCACGCCGCCUCGAGCUCGGAUGGCGUUGAAUGGCGUACCGCGCGCCUCGCGUACCCCUGUUCUUGCAACCUUCCCAUAUGGCGGCACGCGUACGCACCACCUUUUCCCCCGCCGACAGCGAGCGCCUUACCCCGUCUUCGUCAACAACCCAAGUCGGAUCAAAUGGUGCAUUUUGGCGACGACGUUCCGGAAUGGGUGAACUUCGGUCUUGAGGGUGACCUCGACCCCGCGAUCGAUGAUCUGGCCGAGUUCGAGCAUGAGUGGCCAACUGCGACACCGUGGCGGAGGGACAAAGGCAAGGGGCGCGCGCAGCCUCCCAACUCACCGCCGUUUGUGGCGCAGCGCUUGGUCCAGCCUCAAGCCUUUGACUGCUUCUUGCCAGAGUCAUCAUUGUUUUCUUCCACCGACUUCCGCCCUUCCACCAGGUUACCGCCUACUGUCCAACACCAACAGCCAUCUCGACGAGCCUCGCCACCUCUACGAUCACGGCCUGUCCCACACCGCGCGCCCCCUUCUUCCGCUCUAUCCAGUCCCACCGCAGACGAGUCUCCUCUUCCUGAAGACUACGUCUUGGACGCGCGCAUGCGACGCGCUUGGUGGCGCGACAACAUGGCCCAUGGGUGUGGCGCGUUCUGGGACACCAUCACGCGGCCAGUAUACCCAGCACCAUCGAUCCGCUCGAAGCAUCGCGUCCGACGUGACGACGCGUAUCGCGUCCCGCGCAACCUCGCGAGGCUCAAUCACCCGCUCCACCCCGACGUGUACCACUACUGCAAACACGCUGGGACCAGGGUGUACUGGUUGAUCCCCAUACAUGGGCCCGUGAUCGUCCCAGGUCUUGAGGACCCCGUCACGAACCCCUCGGCACGGCCAUGGGCAUCACGCGCCGAGUUUGGCACCAAGCUCAGCAAUGCAUCCCCGUCCAAGCCAAUCGUGGUGCGCUGGGUGCCGGCCCUCCUCCACACUUUUCUCAAAGAACUGUUCGAGCCCGCCUGGCGCGAUCCUGCCCGGUAUGGCGCACUCCACCUCGCUUUCUCAGGCCCCAAGCCUGAUCCCUAUCUCGCUCCGCAACCGCCACCACCACUGGAGGCGCAUACCCACACUCCAGAAGGCGCUAGGGGGCGCGUCCCCGUCCGCGUCGAGGCCGGCGACCAUAUGCGCAUCUACUGCGACGCCGCAUUCGCUCUGAGCCUCCGGACGUGGCUGCAUUGGUGGGAGACUGACGGUCGAAGGCCGUUCGACCGAGCGCGUUUCGCGCUGGUCGGGCCGAGGGGUGAGGUGUUAGUCGUGGCAUAG